AUGGUGAAUUACGUCCUAUUUGAGACUCCCUGUGGCUACUCCCUGUUUGAAUGCCUUCAAGCAGAGGAGAUUGGUUCUAAACUUGAAAAGGUUCAAAAAGCGACCGAAGAUCUGGCAAAAUUCGGAAAAAUAGUGAAGGUCAAGUCUUUCGUUCCCUUUAAGAGCUAUGCUCAUGCCUUGGAGAAUGCAAAUGACAUAUCCGAAGGAAUCGCGAACGAUUACCUCAAGUCAUUUUUGGAAUUGAAUCUUCCAAAGCCAGGAAAGAAAAGUAAAAUUGUUCUCGGUGUCAUAGAUAAAAAUUUGGCAGGAGCCAUCAAAUCCGAAUUAGGAUAUGAUUGCGAGACUAGUGAAAUCGUUCUCGAGCUUAUUCGGGGCAUUCGCUUGCAUGCCGAUAAAUUAUUGAGUCAACUCAAAGAAGGAGAGAUUGUAAGGUCGCAACUUGGGUUGGGUCACGGUUACUCCAGAGCAAAAGUCAAAUAUAACGUUAAUCGUUCCGACAAUAUGAUUAUACAAGCGAUAACUUUGUUAGACCAAUUGGACAAAGACAUAAACACAUUUGCUAUGCGAGGAAUGUUCAUUCAAAACAAGGGCAACCUGAAAGACGACAAAUUGGACGACCUUACCGAAAUAACCGGUGAUGAGUCCAAAUCGAAGCAGAUUAUUGACGCAGCACGCACUUCAAUGGGAACCGAUAUUUCUCCUUUGGAUAUGAUAAAUAUCGAACAUUUUUCUGACCGUGUUAUCAACCUAGCUAACUAUCGCAAACAAUUACACGAAUACCUAUUAUCAAAGAUGAAUAACAUAGCUCCAAAUUUAUCAGCACUAAUUGGUGAGGUUGUUGGCGCCAGGUUGAUCUCGCAUGCCGGAAGUCUGACAAAUCUUUCUAAAUACCCGGCUUCUACCGUCCAGAUUUUGGGUGCCGAGAAGGCUCUUUUCAGAGCUCUUAAGACCAAAGGAAAUACUCCAAAAUAUGGUCUUAUAUAUCACUCCACAUUCAUUGGUCGUGCGGGUGCCAAAAAUAAAGGAAGGAUUUCGCGAUUUUUGGCCAAUAAAUGUACUAUUGCCUCUCGAAUAGAUUGUUUUACGGAAAUACCUACUUCAAAAUUUGGGGAAGCACUUAAAAACCAAGUCGAAGAAAGGUUGCAAUUUUAUGAAACCGGUUCAGCUACUUCUAAGAAUGAAGAUGUAAUGAAAAAAGUGCUGAAAGAGAUCGAACAUCAGUCAAUGGAAGUAGAUCAAGAGAAAUCCGCUUCAAGAAAACGUAAGGCGCCAUCGGAUGACGCUUCGGCCAAAAAGCACAAAAAAACGAAAGCACAAUCGGAUGACGCGGAGGCAGAAACAACUAAAUCUGACAAAGGAAAGAAGAAGGGUACCGAUGAAGUUAUCAAACAAAGUAAGAAGAACAAAGAGAUUGAUAGUGUGAGCCCUAAAAAAAAGAAAGACAAAAAGAACAAAGAUGGAGAUGUUAAACCUCAGGUAUCUGAACCUGAAGAGAAAGUUAAUGACUCGAGAGAUCUACGCGAA